AAUAGAAGUGUCACUGUGAGCCUUUGCCUUAAUACCGUGGGCCUAGCAGCCUCCAGAUGAAGAUGUAGAACUCGCAGCUCCUCCUGCACCAAGCCUGCCUACACACUGCUAUGUUCCUGACUUGAUUAUGACAGAUGAACCUCUGAACCUAUUUAUAAGAAAGAUGUGUAAGAGAUGAUCUACCUAUAUGCGGAAAACUGUACUGUAUUCUAGAGAAAUAAAAAAGUUUCAUCCAAGUCCUAUAUUGAGCAGAAAGAAGGCCUUUGGGCAACACAGGGAACAGGAAGUUCAGAUGAGUUUCACUAUGUAGCCCAAGCUUGAGUCUAUGAUCCACCUGCCUUAGCCUUUUAGUAGCUUGGAUUAUUCUGCAACACCUGACUAUUAAUAUUUCUAAGCUGAAAAAUCAAAAUUACUGCUUUUGAAACAAAGAUGGUUAAGGAAAGGUGUCAGAAAAGGUCCUUUCAAGAUACUCUUGAAGACAUUAAGAAGCGAAUGAAAGAAAAAAGGAAUAAAAACCUGGCGGAGGUUGGCAAACGCAAGUCCUUUAUUGUUGCACCGUGCCAAGUAUCCACUAACACUUCUACACUACUAAAAUAUUACCAAGAUAACAACAGGUUGUUAGUUUUGGCUUUGGAAAAUGAGAAGUCCAAAGUGAGAGAAGCACAAGAUAUCAUCCUACAGCUGAGAAGAGAGUGCUACCACCUCACCUGCCAGCUGUGUACACUGAAAGAGAAGCUAACCUCCCGACAACGUGACGAAGGUGCCCAGCAGAACUGGAAAGAACGUCCCUCAGAAGUGGUCUCCAGCAGUGAAAAUAUGACCAGGGACUUUGACAAUUCGACCAGGGACUUGUCUGUGAAGACCUUACAGCAAACUGCUCUUGAAGAAACUGACUGUCCCUUCCAAACCACAGAAGCAAGUCCUACUGUUACACCAGAGACACUGGGUUGUGAUUUUGAUUCGGAUAAAGUCAACUCUACUGAUGAAGUCUUACCUAGAACUGUAUCUUCCCGUCAGCACUUAAGGAGAGACUUUAGUAAUGUAAGUAAAGCCAGUUCAAGAGAGGAGCCGUCCUUGGAGGUUAAAAGAAGUAGAUGUAAAGACCUAACUGUAACCCUGCAUAGACUUGACAACAUAGAACAAAAUGUUUAUCUGUGGAACAAAGAGCAAAUUAACUUAUGCCCUAGACUGAUUAGCCCAGCAAAGAUUACUAAAACACAAGAAGCCAUUUCAUCAUCUAAACCUGAACAAAAAGAGAUCAAGCAUAAACGAGCACAAAAAAGAAGAGCAGAGCAUAGAAGAACCAACCAGAGAUGCAAGUCAAACUUCUCAUUGAGGAGUAAGGGCAGCAGAGGCAAAGAAAAGCGGGCUUUACCCCGGAAUUCACUGGAUGGGUGUGUUGGUUCCAGUGAUGCUUACGAUUUUAAUCUAAAAGAACGUGUUCACCACACCCCUUUCCGACAAAAAAUGAAGGAUGGCUCCAAUAGAGAAACCGACAGCAUCAACUCAGAAGUGAGUGCAUGCAGUACCUCUGAGGGCGAGUCUGACGACGACGACCCCUAUCUGCCUCCUUACAAGCGCUUGCAAGACUACACAGGGUCAGAGGAACCAGUUACCAGGCCUCGCUCUAAAAGAGGCUCUACCUACCCAGACGAGAAAGCGGUGGAGGAGGUGCUGCCACCCACAGCUCCCACUGGUACCCCACCUGAGACUCAAGAGUCACCUCACCGAGGCCUUAAGGAUGUCACCAAUAGCUUGCGGCGUCCAAUAGUGAAAAGCAGGAAGCUUUCUCUGGCUCCAAAACGGCAUGAAGACAGCCCAGCAGUGUCUCUGCGCAGGUGUACCACCAUCAUAAGCUAUAAAGAGCCGACACUCAAUUCGAAGCUAAGAAGAGGGGACCCUUUUACAGACUUGUGUUUCUUGAAUUCUCCUAUUUUCAAGCAGAAAAAGGAAAUGAGACAUCGUAAAAGAACAAAGUAAACACAAUAACUGCUUUCAUUGGAUACUGUUGGAGGUGAUCCUUCUCUUUUGCCUAAUAGAGUGUUGUGAGAGUGCGCAAUGGGCAGAGCCAUCCCGUGUCAGGCUUUGGGUCAGGAGUGUCCCUUGGACCUAGACUUUGUAUGGAUUACUACCAACAUCUAAAACUUCUCUGGCAUCUGUAUUUUUUCCUUAAGCAGGAGACUUGCAGAGUAGAAAACUUAAAUAUGAUGUAGCUACUUCAUAAAUCCUUAACACCACAGUAAGACAUACCAUAAGUGGGUAAGGAUCCCUUCUGUCAUUGUGAUUCUUCCUGGAAAAAUGCAUAUGGAAUUGUGAUUAAGAGAAUGAAUGAAUUGGGUUCCAGAACAAGGUAACUGUUGUGAACUGUGAAUACAGUGCUAUUCCUCAGCAGAAUAAUACCAUGUCAUGAACCUCGGGCUAGUGCUUCGUGUGGUCAGUCUACAGUGUAAAUGUGUAAAUAAAGGGGGCUUCUGGUUUUGAUCUAUGGGGAAAAUAUAAGUAUCCAGUUCAGAAAAGUGAAUCUCUACCUGUGUAUGUAUGUCUUUAAAACUAAAGCAUUGUAACUGGUCCGUUUUUAAAGAAAGAUGAAGUCUAUGAUGACCAGCUUCUGCUCUUAAUCAGGUAAUCGUGAUUAUCUUCCUUUCUGGCCUUUGCCACUCCCAGCUUAGCUGGACCCUCUUCUGUCUUCCCUGCCAACGUUCCCUUCUUUUCCCAUUAGAUUUGUCCGUCAAGUUUUCCCACCUGGGCCUCCAGGGCCAACAUCAAGACAUUUCAAUUUUCAUUAAUUCAGUAGUAGAACAUUUGCCUCACAUGGGCAAGGCCCAGGGAUAAAUCCCACCGCAAACAGGAGAUUUUUCUAACUUAUCAGAAGGGCCAUCUGGUGUUCAUCUCAGAUUUGCCCCACAUCUGCAUUACUUCCUACAUCUGCCAUCAAACUGAGAGUCCUUUCUUUGUCACUCAUGUGCAUCCCUCUCACCCAUCACAGCCUUUUAGCUGCUGGUUUUUAUAGUGCUGAGGAUAGGACCCACAACCCUGUGUGUGAUAGGAGUAGUCAUAGCAGUCGUCAGCCACUACAUUUAUCAUUUUCUAAUGUCAUGGUACCUUGAAAGCAACCAUUUUAGCUAAAAAUAAAUGCAAUUAAAAGUCCAGUCUCAGUCUCAGUUGUCCUCAUGUAGCUGUGAUUACCUUAGUGAAGCCUAUGUAGAGAUAGGCUAUGUCUAUUUAAAGCUGGUGCUAGACCUUUAGUUUUCUUCGCCUUUUCCUAUUCUUGCUGUAGUGCUUACUCAUGGGCUAUUAAGGAGUUUGUGUCAACAUUUUUAUAAAAUAUGUAUUGUAUUAUAUAUGUUGUACAUACCAUUUAUGAUGGACUUAAGAGUUCGAGACCUCCCUGGUUGUUAGAUAAAGUUAUUUCUGUUGUUGUAUAAUAUUAUAUAAAUAAACCAGACUUAAUGACCACUUUU